CCGGCGUGGAGGCAGCGCGGCGGGCACUGCGCUGCGUGCGCCGCUUAGAGCCCGGAGUUCGCGGCGCGGAAACUGCGCGGGCGCCUCCGCCAAGGCAGGCACGGCGCGGCGGUCCGGUCCUCCCCCGUGGAGGACAGGUGUGCCCGGGCGUCGCGGCUCGCGAGCCUGAGCUCAGGUGAAGCUCUCGGAAAGGGCAGACGGAGAAGGCGAGAUGCCAGCGGAGGAGGCUUGUGCCCCCGGCGCCCGUGGUGCCCAGGGGACCGAGCGCGCGCCGGGCCUUGAGCAGCGCCUGCCCAGCCAGCUGCUGCCCGAGCUCUACACCCUCACGGCUCGUGUGCUGUUCUACCUGGCGCCUGUCUACCUAGCUGGCUACCUGGGGCUCAGCGUCACCUGGCUGCUGCUCGGCGCCCUGCUGUGGAUGUGGUGGCGCAGGAACCGCCGCGGGAAGCUCGGGCGCCUGGCGGCCGCCUUCGAAUUCCUAGACAACGAACGCCAGUUCAUCAGCCGCGAGCUGCGGGGCCAGCACCUGCCCGCCUGGAUCUACUUCCCGGACGUGGAGCGCGUCGAGUGGGCCAACAAGAUCAUCUCCCAGAUCUGGCCCUACCUAAGCAUGAUCAUGGAGAAUAAGUUCCGGGAGAAACUGGAGCCCAAGAUCCGGGAGAAGAGUGUGUACCUGAGGACCUUCACCUUCACCAAGCUCUACUUCGGACAGAAGUGCCCCAGGGUCAACGGCGUCAAGGCACACACUAACCAGCGCAACCGGAGACAGGUGGUCCUGGAUCUGCAGAUCUGCUACAUCGGGGACUGUGAGAUCAGCGUGGAGCUGCAGAAAAUACAGGCUGGUGUGAACGGGAUCCAGCUGCAGGGCACGCUGCGGAUCAUCCUGGAGCCCCUCCUGGUGGACAAGCCCUUCGUGGGAGCCGUGACCAUGUUCUUCCUGCAAAAGCCGCACCUGCAGAUCAACUGGACAGGCCUGACCAACCUGCUGGAUGCUCCAGGAAUCAAUGAGGUGACAGAGAGUCUGCUGGAAGACCUCAUUGCUGCCCACUUGGUGCUGCCCAACCGUGUGACUGUGCCCGUGAAGAAGGGGCUGGAUGUGACCAACCUGCGCUUCCCCCUGCCCUGCGGAGUGAUCAGAGUCCACUUGCUGGAGGCAGAAAAGCUGGCCCAGAAGGACAGCUUCCUAGGAAUCCGUGGCAAGUCAGACCCCUAUGCCAAGGUGAGCAUUGGCCUGCAGCAUUUCCGGAGCAGGACCAUCUACAAGAACCUGAACCCCACCUGGAACGAGGUGUUUGAGUUCAUAGUGUAUGAAGUCCCUGGGCAGGACCUGGAGGUGGACCUGUACGACGAGGAUACUGAUAAGGAUGAUUUCUUGGGCAGCCUGCAGAUCUGCCUCGGGGAUGUCAUGACCAACAAAGUGGUGGAUGAGUGGUUUGCCCUGAAUGACACAACGAGCGGGCGGCUACACCUGCGGCUGGAGUGGCUUUCACUGAUCACAGAUCCGGAAGCUGUGACUGAGGACCAUGGUAGCUUUUCCACUGCCAUCCUCGUGGUCUUCUUGGAGAGUGCCUGCAACCUGCCGAGAAACCCUUUUGACUACCUAAAUGGUGAAUAUCAAGCCAAAAAGCUCUCCAGAUUUGCCAGGAAUAAAGUCAGCAGAGACCCUUCUUCCUAUGUCAAGCUAUCUGUAGGCAAGAAGACACACCUGAGCAAGACGUGUCCCCGCAGCAAGGACCCUGUGUGGAGCCAGGUGUUCUCCUUCUUUGUGCACAGCGUAGCCACUGAACAGCUGCAUCUGAAGGUGCUUGAUGAUGACCAAGAGUGUGCUCUAGGAGUGCUGGAGUUCCCCCUGUGCCAGAUUCUCCCCUAUGCAGACCUGACCCUCGAGCAGCGCUUCCAACUGGACCACUCAGGCCUGGACAGCCUUAUCUCCAUGAGGCUGGUGCUUCGGCUCCUGCACUUGGAAGAACGAGAGCCGGGAAGCCCAUAUACAGGACCUGAAGCCCUAAAGAAAGGCCCUCUGCUCAUUAAGAAGGUCACCACCAACCAGGGCCCCAGAGCCCCACCCCAGGGAGAGGGCCCUACAGAUCUGCCAUGCCCUCCAGACCCUGCUUCUGAUAUCAAGCAAGCCUCCAAAAGCACCACAGCCACUACCAGUGCCACCACUGCUGCCACCAAGCCCACGCUUCAAGAGAUGGGCCCAGAGCCCAAAGGCAAGGGCAGUGCCAGAGGGUUCUGUGCACCCAUGGGGGAGAAGAAGAGUUUGUCCACCAUCUUCCUGGCUGUCCCAGGCCCCCACUCUCCAGGGCCCAUCAAGUCACCCAGACCCAUGAAAUGCCCUGCAUCCCCAUUCGCAUGGCCACCCAAGAGGCUGGCUCCCAGCAUGUCCUCGCUCAACUCCCUGGCCUCUUCCUGCUUUGACCUGACAGAUGUCAGCCUCAACAUUGAAGACGGGGAUCUCAGGCAUCAGAGGCUGGGUGAGAUUCAGCUCACAGUGCGCUAUGUGUGUCUGCGCCGCUGUCUCAGCGUGCUAAUCAAUGGCUGCAGAAACCUGACGCCCUGUACCAGCAGUGGAGCUGAUCCCUACGUUCGUGUCUACUUGUUGCCAGAAAGGAGGUGGGCAAGUCGUAAGAAGACCUCAGUGAAGCGGAAGACCCUGGAGCCCCAUUUUGAUGAGACAUUUGAAUUUUUUGUUCCCAUGGAUGAAGUAAAGAAGAGGUCACUAGACGUCGCAGUGAAAAACAGUAGGCCACUUGGCUCACACAGAAGGAAGGAGCUAGGAAAAGUACUGAUUGACUUAUCAAAAGAAGAUCUGAUUAAGGGCUUCUCACAGUGGUAUGAGCUGACUCCAGAUGGACAGCCCAGAAGUUGAUGAUGCACAACAACAUAUUUUUUAAAUCUGUACAUAUGUACAUUUUGUAAUUUAAAUCACAACAGCCAUUUGAAAAAAAUUCAUAUAUAUACACAUAUAUAUGCAUAUAUAUAUAUAUAAUAUAUAUAUAUACACACACAUUCUUGUGUGCAGUAUAACUGCAUGACUGGUUGGUAUUAAGAAGAGGUAAACACAUGUAAAAGCAAGAACUACUCUUUCUUGGUUGGAUUUAAUUGUUUAAAUCCAAAAAGAAGUGGGGUAUUUGUGCCUAACAAAUUAUCAGAAGCUCAGUGGUGAAUUUUCACUGACUUGGGACUUGCAUGAACGUGUGCACCACAAGUGUCCUGUCUCAGACACAGGGUGAGGGAGUCUGUGGAGCAGCUAUCAGUAUUCCUGUGCAGUGACUGACCAAGGGAGGAGGCUGCUUUUAUGGCACUAAAAGGUGACCCGCUGAAAAGUGCCAAGAGCUAACUCUACCUAAGCCCUGCUGGCUGUCACCUCUUAUAUUUCUCUGCCCGGAGGUUCAUUCCUGUAUCUGAUUUGAAACUAAAAUGUACUUUCCUGAUGACAACAAUGUUAGUGAUAUACCAAGAAUACCUUGAAUUAAGUUCCCAGGCCAUCCCACAUCCAGUGUGGGAUGGCCUGGGAACAAACUCUGGCAUGUGGCAUUAUUUCCAUAGGAAACUGCAAGCCGAGUUUCAAACCCAGGUCUACGUCUGCACCCCUACAGCACAGUGCUGAAGAGUGCUGUCGAGUGUCAGUGCCAGAGAGAAAAGGGAGCUUACUGUAUCUCUUUCAGAUAGGUUUGGGAAUUCUGCUCCACUUUUCUAAGAGAUGGCUAGUUCACCUAGACAACAUGUUAAAAACAAAACAUGUAAAUUGUAUAUUUAAACAAGUGCCUCUUUUGCAUUUCAGACUUGAUAAAACUAAAUAUUCUUGUCCUCUCUCAUGCUCCCAGAGCUCUUGUCGAGUCAUCCUCUUUUUACUUAUCUACUCAGGCAGCACCCCCUGCCAUCAAUUUCCUCUCCCCAUCACUCUUCACUGCCACUUUUCUGAAGAAUGGUAACAUCUUAAAGUUUUUGUCAUGUUACUCUCACUUAUAAAUUAUCUAUUUCCUGUUUACUACAAAAUUCAAGCCCACUCCUUGUGUUUCAGACCUAACAUAAUCAGGUCUCCAGUUUUCUGCUACCUUAUUCAUGUGCAGAUGCUCUGUUCCAGAACAGUCCAAAUAUACCCUGCCUACUAAUCCUACUCACUUCCUAGAGGCCUAUGUCAAACGCACCUCCUCCAUUAAGCCAGCCCACACUGAAAGGGCCUCCCCCCUCACCGAGGGCAUGUACUGUCAACACUUUACAUUUUUCAUUUUAACAAUUCUCUGCCUUGUAACAUUUAACUUUAAAAAAUGUUUAUUAAAUAUCUACUAAGGUCAUAUGCUAAGCAACCACCUGUACUGUGUUUGGUAUUUAAUGUUUCUGUUUACUCUCCAACUGACCUAGAAGCUACUUGAAUUGAUUUUCACCCCCAUCAUCCAAGAUUAUGCUAAGUACAUGGCAGAUGUGUAAUAAAAUUUGUUUCUGCUCUUUUGAGUGACAAAUUCUCGUAAUAAAAUGGGACAAUUGAUGUCUGUUCUAUCUACCUCACAAUGGCAUUAUAAUGUUCACUAAACAGA